CUUGUCUUGACGGGGCUAUAAAGGGGCAGAAGCAGCCAGCUCUUCUUCAGACUCCACAUUUCACGUGUAGCCACUCGUUCAUCUGUUAAGAAAAAGUUUUAAAAUGUUGCCCGCAACGUUCAAACUGUGUGCUGGCAUUUCCUACAGGCACACGAGAAACAUGACAGGUCUGAGAAAGAAUGCAAUGAUUGCAAUCCAUCAUGAGCUGAACAAGCUUUCCGGACCUGGACCUAGUGUCUGGAUCAACCACAUCCGGAGAAGGAGCUCCCUACUCAGCAGUCGGAUUGCAGAGGAGACGUACAGUGAAGCCGAGCAGUGCUAUGUGCAGCAGGGACAGGAAGCUCUGCAGAAGUCCAUCAGCAUCCUCAGUGACCAGGAUGGCUGGCAAACUGAGAUUGAGAGUGCCAAUGGUGAUAAGGUGAUGAGUAAAGUUCUACCAGGCAUUGGGAAAGUAUUUAAGUUGGAAGUGAUGCUGGAACAGAAGACAGAUUAUCUAUAUGAGGAGCUGGUGGAUAACAUGGAACAAAUGGGGGAGUGGAACCCCAAUGUCAAACAAGUCAAAGUUCUUCAGAAGAUCGGUGAGGAUACUAUGAUCACACAUGAGGUUUCAGCUGAAACAGCUGGGAAUGUGGUGGGCCCACGAGACUUUGUAAGUGUCCGUUGUGCCAAGCGGAGGGGAUCUACGUGCUUCCUGGCCGGGAUGUCCACUCAGCAUCCUGGAAUGCCUGAGCAGAAAGGAUUUGUAAGGGCUGAGAAUGGACCCACCUGUAUUGUGAUGCGACCGAGUGGAGAAGAUCCCAAUAAGACCAAAUUUACCUGGUUGCUCAGUUUAGACCUUAAGGGUUGGAUCCCAAAAACUGUGAUCAACCGAGUACUUUCGCAAACCCAGGUGGAUUUUGCAAACCAUCUCAGGCACAGAAUGGCAUCAAAUGGUGGUUUGGAAGCAGCCGUUGCCUGCUGAUGUCCACAUUUAUACCCUAAAAACACAGAUGACACUACAAGGGUGACUUUUGUCAGGGCCAAGCUCAUCCCACCCAAAAACGGUCACACCCAUUUCAGCCUACGCUUGUAAACAUGUCCCACAGAUAGAAGUUACAUUGUCCAUCAAAGCAAUAUGCCGCUCAAUGUUCAAGCCACGUAACUUAAAAUGUUUUUUACAUGCAUAACUAAAAAUGGAUGCUCGACGUUACUAAUUUAUUGCAGUAGAGAUUUAGUAAGUUUCGAUUUCAACCUAAUGGUAAAUUCAGUCCGCUUCCUCUGUCACCCCCAUUUUGUGGCUUGAACUUCCUUUUAUUAACUCGUAUACUUCUGCAGAACACCACUGACUAUUAUUAUUGGGCUUAUUAGUUCCUAUUUUAACAAUGUUUGUAAAAAAAGAAAA